UUAGUCUAUGGUGUACUAAGCAUUGAUGUUGCGUUGCCCUUGACUCCCUCUAUCUAAUUACUGUUUUUAAAAGUUAUUUGCGGAUAUUUUACUGAAAUUAUUUGUCUCUACUUUGCAUUAUUCCGUGUAAAAGUUUUAGAAAGUGAAUUUUGUGGUUGUUAUACUGCUGUGUUCUUUAUUUUGUGUAGCGUCACCUGACUGUGCUCAUUGUCAUUUCCCGCCAUUGUGGCCAGUGAGUUUUAUAUUGUUAAGAUUUUCUGUGCGUGCCCCUCAAUAUUUAGAUGAAUAUUCAAUAACUAUUGCACCUAAGUUAUGUCAUUACACGGUAAUGACGUUUGUUUGCUAGAAGUGGAAGACUAUAACUUAUACGAAGAAGAGGCAUCUGAUCACGCUCUAACCAGUGAUAAGCAUCCAGGAUCUGGAAGAAAGACGAUGGAGGCUGAAAAGCGGAUUCGAAGAGAAAUUGCUAACAGCAAUGAACGUCGACGAAUGCAGAGCAUUAAUGCUGGCUUUCAAGCACUACGUACUCUGCUACCACGUCAUGAGGGAGAAAAGCUAAGCAAAGCUGCCAUACUACAGCAGACAGCUGAAUAUAUUUACAACUUGGAACAAGAAAAGACGAGACUUCUUUCUCAGAAUUGUCAACUGAAGAGAUUACUAAAUCAACAUGAGGGUGGUGAAAUACCCUUGAAGAAAAGAAAAGGAGAUAUUAUCAGUCAUGUCCCAGCCAUAAUUCCUGAUUCUACAGAAGAUACCUUAACAACAUCCAGAUCACCUGAGCCAGUGGCUGUGAUAUCUGUGACAAGUGUCCCACAGAAAAAAGAAGUGGAAGGAGGUGAAUUACGAGUACAGCUGGAUCGUGAACGGAGACUUCGACGGCACUUGGAAGAGCGUCUACAUUCACUUGAAGCUCAGAUUUACCCAAAUGGUGCUCAUGAAGUAAAUCGUCCUGUAAUUCAUUUUGAACAAACUGACCUUGCAGAAUGUAAAUUGGAAAGUGAGGAAGUAGAGCCACCUCCCGCGGAGCCCGCCGUUGUAGCAGCUCCGCUACUAGAAGCCGCCAUUAAAGCAGAGCCACGAGUUGAAGUAGAAGUUCUUCCUGAUGCAACUCAUGAUGCACCAUCACGACUCUAUCUCGCGAGUACUAGUAGACAGAACCUGGAAACUAUUGUGGAGGCCAUUCGUCACCUCGAGGGUGAUCAUUUGUUCCGCGAAGAAGCAGGUGAUGCACCUCUGGCACUCACUAAAAAGGCAGAACAUCCACCACCUCCAAGACCUGGUGUAAUUGUUGUGAAGCAUUCGUGAUUGCAUUUUUCGUGUUUAGGACAUUAAGCUCGUAAAUUUGCUUCAGCUUAGCGAGCACUCCUGACCCUCCUCGAAUAUAGUUUUAAAUUUUUAGUUAUUAAAAAUCUUUUCCAAAGUGACGAAUCGAUAAGUCUGCGUCUUUGUUUAUUUUUAUAACGCAUUGAAGUCGAAUCGAUAAGUGGUGUAGAAUUAGCUGGAUGCGUUGUCGCGUAUGCCGAUCGGCGCUGUGCUUAGUUUAGUCUCAAAUGUAAUUAUAUAAAAUUUUAUGUUAAUUUGGCUGUAUGCAGCAUGUGUUGAUGGAAAGAGGAUUGACUGACUUGUGUAAGAUUAGAUGAUGAAGGAUAAUAGUACACCAUGCCGCGUGCCAAUAUGAUUUAAUUCCAUAAGACAAAAUUUUUUUACAUGGAAUAAUUGUGUUAUAAGGUGGAAAUAAAUAAAAAUAAAAAUUGUGCUAUCCACUAAUUGACAUGGUCAUAUGAAUGAUUAUGGAGGCUUACUUGUAAAGUACUAAAGAACACUGGAUUGUUCUUUAGUGAAAGGCAUUUAGCUUAUGUAGAAAAUAUCCUUGCACUGAGCUAGUCUAGCAUUUUACAUUUACUAAUAUGGUAAAGGAAAUGAUCACUGUUAGCUUGUCCAGCUUGAGGCAGAUUUCAGGGUAUGCAGCAGGCAUGCGGCUAUAAAAAAGUUUUGACUUACUCAGUUAUUAAUUAAUUUAAUAUUAAAUCUCGAUACUAUUUUAAUGAAUGUAUGAUAAAGUCACAUGAUGUAUAAUUUGUAGGUGCAUAGUUAAAAUAAUGUUUUUUGGAUUAGUCUCUAAAUUUGACUCUCAUCAACAAUAUGUUGGUGUGCCAAUUAUAUUAAAGAAAUUCUUUGUGACAAGAUACUCGAAAUUCAAGAUAGUAGAAAAAAAUCAUUCAACAUUUAAUUAUUGAAAAGUUCAUAUAGAAUCUAUAAUAAUUAUAAUGUAUUGACUAAUAUUUAUCCAGUGUUGCUGCUUUUUUGGUUAUGUUAGAUAGAAUGCCCAGUUUAAAGCGUAUUUUAAUAUGUGACAUUAGUGAAUUAUAGGCGCUUUACGCAGCAAUCCCUAAAUUAUAGAUACAGAAAUUUUAGAGCAUUCCAUGUUGUUGAAUUCUCACUGAAUUCCUUGAGAAUAUCUCAUGCAGAAUACUGCAGAAGAUAUAGUUGAUUGGAACACAAGUUAAUGAUGUAUUAAUUGUAUUCAAUUUAACUGAUUAGUAUAAUUAUGUAUUGCUUUAUAUAAGCAUUCUUUAAUUGAAACUACUUUUAGGUCUUAAUCAGUUAGGAUUUAUAGAUAGAUAGUGUAGUUGACAACAAGUGACAAUGUGUUACUAAACAUCCCAUUUUACAGAUUGUUUCAUUUUUUACACUUAGCAGGUUUUUAUCUGUCACAAGUGAGAUAAAAUAAUUUAUUAAUAUAAUGUAUGAACCAGGCAUUUGAUCUAAAUAAACUUUGACACUGAUUUUCAAUCAAGUUAUAUAUAUAUAUAUUUGAAUUACAGUUAUUGUUCUACUCUACCAAAUGGGUGAGGAUUUAAUCUACCUUUGGGAUUUAAAAAAUUAAAGUGAACAAUCAUGUUUCACUUUUACUUUGUAAGAGUUAAGGUUCACAGUUCUUACCUUUUCCUGUGACUUAGGUUAUAUAUAAUAAUAUACUUACAGUGAUUAGUUAACAUUUGCUUUAAUGUGCUGACAUUUUUUGUUAAAAAUGUAAAAUGCUGUGCUCUUUUGUUAAUAUUUUUCAUUUGUAAGUUUUGAAUGUAUUUUAAGUUUGACUCAGUAACAGAGUGGAUGAACAAGUACAACACAUUGCAGAAUUCAUAAUGCUAUAGUCUUGUCUUGUCCGUGAAACCAUAUGAAUUUUAAGACUGAUCAAUUCAAUAUUAAGUUAUGCUAGUUGAAAGUCACCAUAUUAAUUAAUAGAAUAAUCUGUGUGUGUGUUAUGUUUAUGUAGCUAUUUAUAUGUAUGUUGUGAUAAUGUAGUCCAAAAUUGUGUUAUUAACCUGAUAAUUUUACAGAGAUCAUUAACCUGUUAACAUUAGCAAUAAAAUGUCAAUCAUACCUUAUGGUACUUGUAGUCAAAUAUUAUGUGUAGAAAAGUUUUCCAUUAUGAAAAUUUAAAAUAUAUUUAUACACAAGAGAUCUCUCUAACUUUAUCGGGUUAUUUAAUGUUGUGGUGUGAUUCAGCAUAUUCAGUGUAUGUAGUGUAUGUAUUUUAAUAGGACUUCAUAUUCUAAUUUCAUAGGGCUCUUAAAAUAAACUAGUUGAAAAAUCAGAGUGUUAUGAUAUAUAUAUGUAUAUUCAUGUGAUUGUAAUGCACAAGCACUGUCUUUUAAUGUUCAUCUACCAGAUUAAUUCAAAACACAUUGAAGUAUUGCAUGACAUCACUUUUUUACUUGAUGAUGUUUUUUGCAUCUCAUAUAAUACUGUUGCAAUCAUAACAGACUAAAAACUUAUUUUUUACAGCGACAAAAUAAAUUAUUUGUGUUUACAGGAGCCCUUUUCGUUUCCGACGCUUAUAUUACUCACUCUGUUUCUGAGUCCUUAGUGAUAAGGAGUUGUCUGCCUACCGCCUUUACAUUAUGUCAGUAUAGGAUAAUUAACAAUGUAACAUAACGGACUUGGUUAUACUAUUAGUGUAGUCAAAAAUAGUAAUAAGAGAUUUUAAGUCAAAGAAGCAAGUUGAAUUGUUUAAAAUGUGUUAUUAUUUAUGUCUUAAAGUAUUAAAAUGGUUAUUUCUUAUUAAUUAGUUUGUAAAUGAUGAUCGUCUGUAUAUUUAAUCGACCUCUUUUCUUUGUAUAUUUCUCUAAAAACCAAUAAAACAAAAUGUUUGAAACUUAAACACUAAAUGUUUUUAUUAAUAUGCAUGCAUUUUUGUUCAAACUUUAAAAGACUGAGGUUAUUUACUAAAUCAAGACAGUCGUUUACUUAAGUGCACAAUAUAAAUACCUAGUGGACUCUUAAUAAUAUAGUAAAUUGUAAUCUCGGGAAAGCAUUUAAAAAUAUCACUGUCAUCCAGUUUAAACUAGAUUCUAAUAAGGCAGUCUUACAAUGGUCACCUAAGUCUCGAUUUGUUUACGAAAAAAUUUAUUUAGAUACCAGUGGACAUUAGCUUUUAUUAACUUGAUUAGUGGUUUAGGUGCACACUGCGAGACACUGUUAGCUAUAAUUUCUACCAACUGUAUGUAAUUAAUAUUGUUGCUAGUAAGUUGUAGUUGAUUCAUAGUUAUAAAAAUAUGGAUACUAAUUUUUAUCAUUGUAAUAGACAGGGGGUGGUGAAUGUGGCAUGUUUUAUUGGUUUUUAGCAUGUUCAAUGUGAAUAUUUCCAUUUUCUACACUCUAUCGCAUUUUAUUGUAAUGAGAUUUAGUAGGUGUUAUUUUAAACAUUAUGCAAAAUGAAACAAUUGGUUUUCCACAAUUGUAAGUCAUUACUAUUUUGACACACAUAUGUUUAAAAUAAUUCGGGAUUAACUAUAAAAUCUUAUUAUAAUGUUCAAUUAAGUCAUUUGGUAAAAUAUUUUAUAAGUCUGAAAUAAAAAUCAUACUUGAUUGCCACAGUUUCAAUUGCAUUUAUCCAUAGUGUUUUAUUUAUUUGAACUUUUGAUUUCAGUUUUCAAGUCCAAUUUAGUAACAGGGUGAAUAUACAUAACUACUACUUAAAUUUUUUUUUAAUUUAACUUUGCGGUGAUUAAUUCCUUGUUUACAUUGGUAGAUUUAUUUAUUUCACUAUCAUAAACUUGGAAUCAAGUUGUAAAUCAUGUUAAUAUUUUUACAAUUUUCGAACUAACUAAUAAGGUGUAGUUCAUAUAGGUACAGAUAUUAUGAUACCUACGAAAUUAAAACAAUAUUAUGAUAAAGUGUAGAAAAUAUUGCAUGAAUGUUUCCAUUUUGAUAUGAAAUUGAUAAAAAUAUUUCCUCUGAUUUUAACUGUACCACAUUUGACCUAUAUUUACCAAUAUUUAUA